AUGUCAACAGAAGUGGUAACCCCCGAAAACGUCGCCGACGUACUCCAACAUGACCGCAUGGUCAAGGUAGCAGGCAUAGACGUCGACGGUCAACUACGAGGAAAACUGAUGCAGAAGAAGAAGUUCCUCUCCAUCGUGACUGAGGGAUUCGGAUUCUGCUCCGUGAUCUUUGGCUGGGACCAGCAUGACCAGACCUAUUUCAAAGAGCUGACGGUCAGCAACAAGGAGAAUGGAUACCGAGACCUCGUCGCGGUACCUGACCUCGCUAGUUUCCGUCGCAUUCCUUGGGAAGAUAAUGUCGCUUUCUUCCUGAUCAGUUUCUUGGACCCGGAUACCCGUCAACCGGUGUGCGCGUGCCCGCGGGGUCUUCUGAAGACUGUCGCUGCUAAGGCCGAGGCGGCGGGAUACAAAGCCAUGGCUGGCGCCGAGUACGAAUUCUUCCAGUUCCGCGCUCCAGGAGAUCAUGCCACUCCCGAGCGCGCAGCCUCGCAUACUGCGACCUUCCUCCAGAAUAAUCCGGUCGACUCGCUGCCACCAUUAACGGAGGGCAUGUUUGGAUACUCGAUUACGCGGCCCCUCCAUAACCAGGAAUACUACUAUGGCAUCUUUAACGACUGUGAGAAGUUCCGCUGCGACAUCGAGGGAUGGCAUACAGAGAGCGGACCUGGAGUGUUCGAAGCCGCACUACAAUUCGGCGAAGCAAAGGAAAUGGCCGACAAGGCCACCCUUUUCAAAUACGUCGUCAAAGCCAAAGGUAUCAAGCACGGCAUCACACCCUGCUUCAUGGCGAAACCUCGUCAAGGACUGCCCGGAAAUAGCGGACACAUGCACAUCUCCCUCGUCAACAGCGACGGUAGCAAUGCCUUUAUUCGUGACAGUCCCGAUCCAUCCCCACAGUACCCAGACAUUGCACACCUCUCGGAUCUUGGCCGUCACUUCCUAGCAGGACUGCUGGUCGGCCUGCCGGAUAUCAUGCCCCUCUUCGCACCGACGAUCAACUCAUACAAGCGACUCGUCGAGAACUUCUGGGCACCCGUCACCGUAUCCUGGGGUCUCGAGCACCGCGCUGCCUCAAUCCGAAUCAUCGCGCCGCCAACUGCCAGCCCAAAGGCCACACGGUUCGAGGUCCGCGUCCCGGGCGCCGACGCGAAUCCUCAUUUCGUGCUGGCAGCUGUUAUGGCGCUGGGCUGGCGGGGUGUGGAGAAGAAGCUGGAGAUCCCCGUGCCACCGCUAUCGAAGGGACAAGAUAUGGGUGGGAGCAGUGAUCAGGGCGUGCGAUUGGCGAAGAAUCUCAAGGAUGCGAUAGCCACGUUCACGAGGCCCGAUAGUGUGGCGCGGGAGGUAUUCGGAGAUUCGUUCGUGGAGCACUUUGGCGGAACGAGGGAGCAUGAGGUUAGGCUUUGGGAGGAGGCUGUUACAGAUUGGUAA